UUGCUUCAAUUAUUUUUUGAAAGACUUAAACCGAAACCCCCAACUAUCCAUCGCUUCAGGGCCCCGAAGUCUACUAGUAACCGCUAUGUACAAGGCGAAAGACCUCAUGCAUGUAAACGUCCCCGCUGGACCGCCAAGUCGCAUGCUUCUCUACGUGAAGCCAUCAAUCAGUUCCAAACAAUGCUUAACACCGUUUACUCAAACGAAGCCCCUAUUUACGUCGAGAACAAAGUUGAUCUGGAAUGUCCUCCAAAUGACUUCCAACCGAUUCGUGACUAUGUUCCGCACAAGGACGUCUUUCUUCCAACCAAGGCAGUUGUCGGCUGUCAAUGUGCCAAGAACCUGAAGCCCAAAAUCGGUUCUGGGACGGAGCUUUGUUGGGUUAAUCGGCACAGUGGUUGCUGUGCCAUUAACUCUGGCGCACGUGUUCCCUACAAUUUGUCCAAGAAAUUGCUUGUUCCUCCUGGACAUCCGGUUUUUGAAUGCAACUCCACAUGCGGAUGUGGACCAACAUGCCCAUUUCGGGUUGUCCAACUUGGUCGGAAAGUCCCUCUCACCGUGUUUCGGACAUCCAAUGGCCGCGGUUGGGGUGUCAAAGCCGCAGAGCGCAUCCCAAAAGGCACCUUUGUGUGCGAAUAUAUCGGAGAAAUUAUUACUUUUGAGGAGGCAGAACAAAGGGGUCAGUCGUACGACAAGCAACGCAUGACCUACCUGUUUGAUCUAGAUUUUGAUGGCGAAACUCACUACACUGUUGAUGCCUUCCAAAUGGGCAAUGUCUCGCACUUUAUCAACCACAGUUGUAAUCCAAAUUUGACAGUGCGCUGUACCUUUAUUGAGUGUCUGAACACUGAACUGCCUCGACUGGCCUUGUUUGCGUCUCGAAAUAUCAGCCGCAACGAAGAAAUCACCUUCGAUUAUCAGAUGACCGGUGAGUUGUGUGUCCGCGUAGAUCACGUGCGCCCAAGACCGAGUGUAACACGCUGUCGUGUCGACUAUUCUCGUCUACUUCCUGUGCUGCCAACGAAUGUUGGUGUAUUCGUCUCUCCAGUUACUCUAGCGGGUGCCCUUGAUAGCAACGACGAGAACGGCGACAUUUCCGAGGUCAGUCUUAACACCUCCGGACAACUGGAAGCCGACGAGGCCGCGUCGAAGGCCCUCACCGGUUCGUCCAGGAGCAAAUUGCCCUCGGAAGGUAGCAGUUCAGCCGAUCCACCCGACAACUUCAGUGAGGUACGUGGCAGCGCUUUUGCGCUGCGUCGCUGGAGCACGGCGACUGUCGGCUCCCUUUGA